AUGUCAGACUUGUCCCAAGCUCGUCCGGAUCUCGCACUUUUGUCCCGCAGACACAGUGUCGAUUUGGUGAUGAAAUACUCGAGCACAUGUCCCCGGCUGUCUUCGUCUGACGACCCAAACAAUCCGGAUGCCUCACGGUCCGAAGCAUCGCACGACACGUAUUCUACCCACGCACAGACAGAAAGUUCGGGUGCAGUCAUCGGGGUGUCGAGAGAAGACGAAAGUGAUAACGCUGGAACUGAAUACGGCCAGCGCUCACGCAAAAGACAAAAGACCGAGCCAAAUGAGUAUGAAGCGCAGAUCAAGAAGCUGCAGCAAGAUAUUGCCGAAGUGAAGGAAAGGCUGAGUUCGAUGAGCAGCCAAUGCUCAAACACGGCUUAUGAGCUAGUGAAGAAAUGCGUGGAGGCGAAACAAAAGGCUGCCACUAUGAGGAGGAAGCUCGCCGAACACAACCACUGGCUGCAACGAGUCAGUAGCUUGAUGGAGACAGCACCGCUUUUCGAGUAUGCUGUCGACACGAGUGAAGGGCAGUCGGAAGAAAUGAAGAAGGACGCACAUUUGCAUCAAAGUUUUGAGGUACUGGACGAGCCGCAGGGACAACCGAGGAGAAAGCUGUACCCUCGAUUGCUCUUCGGUGAGCGCCUGCAUGCCGCAGUGAUUGUCUCCCAGGACAAUGUGUCAAAACUGCUGCACGAUGCAUCGGUCAAGGCACCAUCGUUUCAUUUGUCGUUGGAAUUUGAAUCGCACGGGUGGAAAAUUGCAACGGGAACUCUUGUGAGCGAUCACAUGGGAUUCUCUUGUCAUCGCUUGCUAAGCAGUGGCGCGGAUGACAAGACGAAAGAUGUGGCGAUGGCGUUAUGGAACUUCGUGGAGUGCGAUGAAAUUUUCAGAACAUUCGUGCCGCUCGUUCAAGCCUCAAUCACUACUUACCAGGAGACGAACUGCUCUCUUUCAUGUCGAGUGAUACAACUUUCCCAGGAAAUGAAGCAGCAGGCGGUAGCAACUGUCGAAUCGAUCAGCUCGACUCGGGAUAAUAAUGGACAAGAGAACUCGUGGCAGAUUUCCCUGGAGGCGGUGCACGAUCACUUCCUGUGCACAUUCGUAGCAGAUGCAUCUGCUGAUGCUGCCAUGCCGAACAGCGCUCCACCAGUCAAGCUUGAUCUCGGACUCCAAAUGAGCAGAGUCAAUAUGCACAACAAGUUUAUCAUGGGUGCGCGAGUGACCAAACUGGAUGAGGGCGUAGACAUCUUGGUUGCAGGCUCAGCGCGGUUCGACCUUCCAUGCUAUAGCGAUCCCGCCUUUGACUUGCUGCAGCACUUCGUGUCGCACUUGCCUGUGUACGAAGAUCUUUAUUUAACACCGCUAAAUGAUAGUCAAGCGACUGACGUACAUGAACUGUAA